GACACAGUGUAAAAAUAAAUUAGUACAUAAAUAUAAAGAAGAUCUUUGUUGCGAACAUAAUUACUGUCUUGUUUUUGUUAGAUACUCCAAACUCGCUAAUUCAUUUAUUACUUAGACAGACAUGUGCAUAUUAUUUUUAAUUUAGUGUAUGUGAUAAUUUGUUAUUCAUUAGUUGCUAAUUUGACAUACACUGGUGGUAUAUAUUGAGGAAUAUAUUAAUUUACUGAUUUUUAAUGACACAGCGGUUUACCUUCUAAUUUUCUAAUAUUAACAAAGGUCAACAACACACUGCAAUACUGCAAUCAAAAUGUCUUCAGUGGAAUCCAUAAAAGAUAUUAAAGAACAUAAGAAACAUAGUCAUAGAAAUAGAGGUUUUUGUAGUUAUGUUAGAACAAUGCUGCUCAAAGUUUUUCUCUUCACAAGAUACUACAUUGAUAUUCUUAUAGACGUUAUAUUUGGAUAUUUUAAUGACUCAAAGAGAGUUCCAAUUAAAAAAUGUACUAAUCCAAUAAUUCUUGAAAGUGCUACAUCUCUUGCACAAAAAAUAAGAAAGAGAGAAUUAACAUCAGAAGAAAUAGUACAAGCAUUUGUUGACAGAAUUAAAGAAGUAAAUCCCGUUUUAAAUGCUUUGGUAGAUUCUAGAUAUGAAGCUGCUUUAGAAGAUGCUAGAAAAAUCGAUAGAGAUAUAGCAAAUGGAACAAUUUUAGAUGUUGAUUUUCAAGAAAAACCAUUUUUGGGCGUACCAUUUACAACCAAGGAAUCAACAGCUGUAGAAGGAAUGUCAUUUACCUUAGGUAUAGUAAAGAGAAGAGGAAGAAGAGCUGUAUUUGAUGCAGAGUAUAUAACCCUUAUUAAAAACGCAGGAGCGAUAUGUUUAGGGGUGACAAAUAUACCACAGUUGAAUUUAUGGCAAGAAACACACAACCCAUUAUUUGGUAUUACAAAUAAUCCUUAUAAUUCUACAAGAAAUGUGGGAGGUUCUUCAGGUGGAGAAGCCAGUUUGUUGGCUGCGGGUGGUACACCUUUGAGUAUUGGUACUGAUAUAGGAGGCUCAGUUAGGAUUCCUGCAUUUAUGUGUGGUGUUUUCGGUCACAAACCUACUUCUCACUUAAUUUCAACAGCUGGUACAAUGUACAAAGCUUGCGAUCCUGAUCGAACCCUCGUCGUUAUUUCUCCUAUGGCUCGAAAGACAGAGGAUCUGACACCAGUAUUAAAAGUUUUAUUUGACAAAAAUGUCGAUAAAUUAAGACUAGACGUACAUGUCGAAGUAAAAACGUUGAAUGUUUACUAUAUACAAAAUCCUAAAGACUGUUCAGUCAGUCCUAUUAGAGAUGAACUGAAGUACACCUUGAAUCGUGCGGUUAAACAUUUCAAGGAAAUCUCAACUACUCCCCCCGAAGAAUUAAAAAAUAUUGAAGGUACCAAAUUUGCUGGCAAGUUAUGGAAGUAUUGGAUGAGUAAAGAAUCAGGUGUUAAUUUUAUGAAAGAUAUUACUGACCGCACGGGAGAGGCAAAUCCCAUAGUUGAUACUUUAAAACAUUUCACUGUUGGCAGUGAGUACACCACAUCAACCAUCUAUAAUUUUAUUAAUAGACUACUGCCUUCACCGAAUGAAACCUGGGCCAUAAAAGAGACUGAGAAAUUAAGGGAACAAUUAUUGGCCAAGCUUGGUGAUAAUGGCGUUCUUUUAUAUCCAUCUGCUCCAUUUCCAGCCAGUUAUCACCACGCUGCUUAUCUACGACCAUGGAAUUUCCAUUACUUUGUGAUUUGGAACGUACUUAAAUUUCCUGUUACGCAGGUACCCAUGGGUCUCAAUAAAGAAGGAUUACCAGUUGGUAUUCAAGUAGUAGCAGCACCCUACCAGGAUCACUUAUGUAUAGUCGUAGCAAAAGAAUUAGAAAAAGCAUUCGGCGGUUACGUACCACCCUUCGAAACAUCUUAGGUCUAAUUAUUUAUUAACCGGUUUCAAUUUAAAAUAAUAAUGUUGUAGGAAAUAAAGUCUAUUAAUUAAUUAUUAAUCAUCUAAAUUUUAUUUGGUAUUGAGAGAGAGUUGUAUGGAAAAUACUUUCGAAGGUUGUCUUUUUAAGUUUUGAUAAAAAGGAAAUGGACAAGUUCGAAACAAAGUGUUUUAUGCUUUUGGAAAUAUUCGCUCCUUAAGGUCAAUACAUUUUUACAUAAUAAGAUCAAACCAAUUCUGGAAACAUUGUUUCCGCUACACCGUGGUAGUUUUCUCUUUGAAAAAAAAAUGAGAGCAUUGUCGUGAUAACGAAUGAUGCGACGCUUUUCCUUAUUUUGACACUAUUGGCAAACAAAUUUUUAUAUGCCAUUCUUAGCAUUAGCAAUUCGUCAAUCCUCUAAAUAAAUUGUUGUGAUGUGUCCAGUACAAUAGAAGAAACAAGCGAAAAUAUUCUUGAAAGUUCUCCGUAAAAGAAAAACUUCAGUUUUGAGUUGAGGUUUUUGUAAUUUGUACAAAUUAUAUGGAUACCAAUUUGACCUGACCUCACACCUAAGUGUUCCUGCAAAAUCGAUUGUAUCACAUCUGAUAUAUGCCAAAAGAUGUCCCCUAUCAGUUUCUAAGUCACAUGACGAUCUUAUUUACACAUGUUGUGCACAGCAUCGAUCUUUGGCGGAACAGCAACCAAUUUUGAUCGACCUACAGGACAUUCAUCUCUGACGGACAAAAGACGAAAGUCUUCAAAUCAAAUGUUAAACAGUUUUCUGUAAUGGUGUUUCAUUACCAAAGAUUAUAGGAACCUAUUAUAUCGUUGUUGUUGAGUAAGGCCUUUUUAAAAAUCAUAAAAAAUCAUUUAAAUCUUCACUGGCGAUUUGUUUUGCUAAUUUUUUUCUUCGAAACGUUCAUUUCACUACACUUUAACAACCCUUGAGUUGCCACUGGCUUUGCAAUAAAAACUUGAAUGUCCACGAAUACAGUGACACUACAACUCAGUAACAUCAUAAUAUAUGGGUCGAUAAUUUUUUAUAAACAUCUACACAGCAUUUCGACCCAAGCUUUCGUUAUUUGUCUUUUCAUCAAGUAAAAGGUCCAAAUAUUAUAAAAGUGGGGUUCUACAUUUAUUUGUAUUGGCAGAUAUUGGGACCGUGCAAGUUCGGAAAAGCGACACCUGGUUUCUUCGCUCUGCACUUUUAUUCGAACUUCUAAUUAUAUUGGCCAAUCAUAUGGUCCUGGUUGCUGGAUAAUUGUCAAGGCCAUAGUCCAAAAAAAUAAUAAGAAGAAAAAAUAAGAUUCAGGUUAUGUUAUUAAAACGUAAACAAUUGUAUGUGGUAAAUAAAAUUAGUUAUUAAAAUGCAGUAAUGCAAACAAAAUACAAUUAAUUACAUUUACCUUUAUAUAAUAAUUGCAUAUCAUAUCAAUAUUGUGGAGCAAUAUAUAAUUUUUCUUCUUCAUUAACAGUAGAUAUGAAAUAUACGUCACUUUGACAAUUUCAAUUGACAAUGAAUUAUUUAAGAAAGUUACAAUAUUUCUCCGCUAUUCUCGCACGAUCGUUUCUCGUAUCGCCUCCAAGUACUUGCACACCGCGAAUAAUAAAAGAAAACCUAUUAAUCCCAAAUUCAAUAGUGUUUUUUUCUUACAUAAAAUGGAACCUCUGUACCAAGUUUUAAGAGUCCAGGGUGUUCCUUCAACAAAAAAAGCAGAAUAGUAUCGGAAAAAGGAAACUCAUUGAUCCAAAAUACAGCAGGUUUAUUCCUUAUUACUCUUUCUCAGAGGCAUCUUUCAGUGCGUCACAGUUUUUCGAUUUCUUUCUAACGCAUUAAGUUGGAAGUGACAGAAAAAGGUACGUCCGUGAUCACAGUCAUUUAUAUCAUUUAUUCUAGUUGUUGAUAUGGCGCUAUAAUCGAAAAAAAAAAUGAUUUACGAAUUAUAUAUACGACUAUAAUCUGUACAAUUUAUAAAACUAUACAAAUCAAAGCCAAUACCAUUUUAUAAAUGCAAUAAACACAAUUGAUUUGUUUUUAUAGCAAAUUGCAAAUAAAAGGGUUAUACUGCGAUACCCUUUUCAUAUUUGGCUGAUUACGAUUCUGACAACUGUCACAUUUAACUUAAAUGUCAUGUUAGACAAAAUGUUAUAAAUGUGUAUUAUCACGGACUUACCUUUUUUUAGGUCACUUGUAACGUACUGAAAAAUGCCUCUGAGAAGGACCAUAUCACGAGGAACAUAAUGUACAGUGAGUCCCUGAAUCUUUACCCGUGCGUCAUCAUUUAAAGCAUACGAAAUAAGUCGAUGAUAAGUCGGAAAUUGAAAUUUACUAAACGCAACAGCAACAAGUCACUUACUGUCACUUGCUGUUGCGUUUAGUAAAUUUCAAUUCCCGACUUAUCAUCGACUUAUUUCGUAUGCUUUAAAUGACGACGCACGGGUAAAGAUUCAGGGACUCAACUGUACUAAGUGUCAAGACUCUAGGACUUUGUUUCCAAAAAAAAGAA